CCACCGACCACAGUUUGAAAGCAACCUCCGUCAUGAUCGCGUCAGCUGGCUUCUAGUUGCCCCACCUCAUCGGAAACAAGCCGUCCGCGCGCGUGUUUGGAUUAGCUCGCGGCGGGUAUCCGCUCGAGCAGUUUUCCGUCCACUUCUGAUCUCCCUGUCCUCGAGCGCGUUCCGGAUCACUCGACAGAAAUCCUGUUCCGAAAGGAUACAGGGAUAGGCGCGAUCGAUGCCUUUCUAGAGUCUAAAAUCCAACGAUCCGUGGUAUUUGCCCUGACCUUUGUUCGUAUCGCAGCAUUAAAGCAUCAAGCAGGGUGUGUCUAUAAGAAGUUUUCUUUACAAGGAAAGUUUUCAAGUGUUCGAUCAAUCGAGACAGAUGUAACCGACUUCGAAAAAGAGAAAGAGGGGUCGAGGAAGAUCCAGAUCGAUGAAAGUGUGCCUUGCGUACGAGUAACGGUGUGCUGUAAACGAUGUGAGGAAGAUCUUCGCACAAGAGAAUCGAAGGCGAUCGAUCGCGGUCGUUGAACAACGCGGCCUUUUGUUCCCUCGGAGGAUCGUCUUGGAUCAACGAAGAUGAGCGGCAGAAGAAGAGUGUUUAGUGCCCUGAAUGGGCUAAAGUGUGAUCGUGCUAUCGUAUGGUCGGUGUUUUUGUGGUGUCUAGUAUUUCUGCUUGGUAACGUGGAGAGUGCACCGCCCGGAAUAUGCGCGAUGGACGAGUGCAACUGUACCGUCAAGGCACACCGUUGGGUUAACGUCAAGUGUGUCUUCUCCAACGAUCAGGACGUGGAGUUACUGGAGGGAACCAUUCCAUCGGAUGCGAUGGAGGUGGAGGUCUCUCACUGCAGGGAGUUGAGGAUCCAAUCGGGUGCUUUCGCGGAUGGCGCUCCUUUAAAACGAGUCCACGUGUCGGGGAUCUAUAGUCUGGUGGCUAAGAGGCAAGCCUUUCAGAAUUUGAGCGCCCCGAAUACGCAUCUCGAAGUGUCCGAGUGCAACAGCGUGAUCCUAGAGAGCCACGCGUUCAGGAAUUCGCGAGGGACACUCAGCGUUUCGAUAUCGAGAUGUAGGAACGUUGGAAUCAGACCGAAUGCCUUCUCUAGGCUGCUCUGGAUCACGAUUAGGGAGGUGCCCACUCUGGAGCUGUCCAGCAACGCGUUCAAACUCGAAGCUUCUCAACACGGCAGACAUGGACCAGCGACCAAGAUUAUGUUCCAAACCGUGAGAAUCAUGGAGUUGCCGACAGCGGUAUUCCCAUCGGCGGUUGCAGAGGUUCGGAUGGAUGAUAUCUGGACAAAGGUGAUCCGCAAGAAUGCCUUCUGCGCGAUGACGAUUUUCAGUGUGACUAUCAGCAACGCGACGAUCUUAGAGAUCGAGACCGGAGCGUUCAGCGACAGAGCGUUAAUCCAAAGCCUAGAGUUCGUCGACGUCAGAUUGAAGAGCAUAGAGAGGGGAGCCUUCCGGGCUGGCCACGACAACCUCACGAUACAAUAUUCAAGGUUGUCCGAAGUAGAGACCGGCGCCAUCGACAUAUCCGCUGCCACGGUCAGCUUCAACAAUAACGAGUUCUUAAACCUGCACCAAGGCGCGAUCGUUCUGCAUCAGUGGAAUCACAUAGCCAUCGACUACAAUCUCUUCAUCGAUCUGGAAACCGACGCGAUCAUGGCAGAGGUGGACGCGACAUCAGCGCCCAACUUCGAGUUCUCCUUUACGGGGAAUCACAUAGAGAAGGCGAGACCUGGUUCCUUGAAAUUCGCGGCGAUCUCGCAACGAGUGAAUUCUGCCAGAGUCGGUAAUAAUUACUUCAAGGAGAAGUGCAGAUGUGGCCUGGACAGUUGGACACGCGAAGUGACGGGGAAGAACAGCUCUGUAUCCUGGAUGAUGGAUUCGAGCUUCUGCGUAGUCGACCAACUUCUCGACAAGUGCUUCAAUCUCCCACAGGGCUACAUGUCCAUGAGCAAUUUUACAAAAAUUAUCUGUGGUCCUGGCAGUCAUAUCGUCUGUGAGAAGCCAUCUGCUAAGCCAGAGCCAAGCGUCAGUCCACCAAGCGUUGGUCCACACGUGUAUCCAAGGCACAAGGGUUACUUCGACGUGGAGAUGAGCGACUCUGAGCAAUUGCAACGCGAGAAGAGGAUUAUCGUAGUGAUCUGUGUGGUAGCUGUAUUCAUCGUGCUGGUGGUCAUCUUAGCUUCCGGAAUUCUGUAUAUGCGCCGUAGCGGCGUGUGCCCAAAGUUAACGUCCGGUCAUCUGAUAAACUUUGCCAGCUGGUUGUCACCCAGCAGUGGAAUGACCGCUGCCACUUCUGCCAGAUCGAUAUCCAGAUUAAGCGUGCACGAAUACGCAGGACUUCAGCCGGAGACACGAAUUCUGGAGGUUGAGACUCAAGCAGAGCCGGCGGAGGAAGACGAAGAAGAUGCCGAAGGAUUGUAUCCUUAUACCGAGAACAAAGCGACGCAAACGUUACCCGAGGAGUUAACGGAGGAGUACCUGAGGGAUCUCAGAGAACGACUGAACGAUCCUGACAACUACAAUCAGGCAAGGGACAUGAUAGAACACCUGUACGAUCUGAUUAAAGUGGAAGAGAGCUGCAACAAUAACAACGACAGACAACCAUCGGGCAGGGAGGAGAACACGUACGAUGUGAUUCAGCCGAGACAAAGGAGACUCAGAGGUGCAGCAAAACCUUCCGUUAGUGUCGGUACUAAAGCACCGUCUUUGGAGAAACUAUUGCCCAGUGGAAUACAACCUAGACCACCUCUGACGGAAUACACGGAGCCACGAGAUCAGAGGCCUAACGAACAGAAUCACUUGUACGCCGAACUACCUGGUGACGAGACGGUUCCCAGUACCAGUAGACUAUCUCAACCUAUCCUGGCGACUUUGGCUGGAAGAGCGCCGCAACCAUUGCCGCCAGACGUCGUAAACGACCAUCUAAUCAAUGAUCACUCGAACCAAGCAUUCGCUAGCUCGAAGACUGAAAACCACAGGCCUCCAGACAGUCCUAAGUUCGAAGCUCCUAGAAAUCAGGGCAGACCCAUGAGUUUUUUAAAGGCUCUCGGCGAAAGUAUUCUCGGCGGAUCGAAAACCGGCAACAACAAAAGGCCCAAUUCUCUGCUCUGUGAAUACGCCGAACCGUCCGAUGCGACUGCCCAUCUAUACUCGGAACUACCCGAACCUCAAACGUCGACUCCAGCGAGCAAGAUGGCCAACAGACCGCUACCCACCAAACCCGACCAAGAUUCCGUGAACGUGGCGAGGGCAUAACGAACGCCCAUCGUCGAUUGUCUGUGAUAAGUGCGCGAGAGUGGCAAGACUACUACGAAGUGAAUCGUGCUCUCUCGUUCUUUUUUUCCUAAUAAUCGUUCGUCGAACAACGAUGAUUUUCGUGCCUGGUGACCGAACGUGUUAGUAGAGUUUCGUCGAAGAGGAACAGUGCCAGAUAUGUAAGAAUCGAACACUUUUUAUGAUUUUUAUGAUACUAGUUUAAGAAGCUUUUGUAUAAAAAAAAGAAAGAAAGAAAAAUAGGGAAAUUCAUAGAAAGGAUGAACAUUGUUCGGUUUCGUUGUAACUUUUCUUUUGUUUGUAUGGAAGAAAUAGUUAAUUGGACGAGCGAUGAAAGACGAGUUUUAUUUAACGACUGGCCCCGAGACGCGAAUGUAUCAUAGAUUUAUAUAUAUAUAUAUAUAUUUGCUUCGUCAGGUAUUAUUAAAAAAGUAUUCCACAUUC